AUAUAAAAAGGCGGUCGGGGCUGCUCUCUCCUUGCACUCGCUGGAAAGCGGCUCAGAGCCUGCGGUCUCUCGUUGCCAGGGCGCGCAGAAAGGCCGAGAGGACUGAGCCCUGCGCAGAGCGAGGUGCACCGCGACCGAGGCGGAGACCGAAGAGGGUCUCCGGACGCCGAUCCUCGUGUGGCCUGUCGCCCCGGCCCCAGAGGCGUCCCGGGGCGCUGCGCGUCUCUGCAGCAGCCACCCCACCAACUCCUGCUGCGCGGUGCCUCCAACUCUUCCUCCAGAAGAACUUCCCGCGCGCCGACAGAACUGCAGCGCCAGCUCUUUAGUGACUCCGGGAGCCCUAUCAGCGGCUGGGCUCUGCAGGCCCUUUUGCAAGAAUCAGAGUAACUUGUUAACAGUCCCGAGCCAAGCUAGCGAGGCUCCAAGCUCCGGACCCGAACAAUAGCCAGUGCGCUCAGCGCUCGGAGGCGCUCAGUUCCUCCGGAAUGCAGCGCGCGGUCCCCGCAGGGUUCCGAAAGCGCACGGCAGGAGGCAACAUGGGGCACGCGGCGCCGAGGGCUCGGGGCUUGCAGCCUGCUCCCGCACCGCUUCUGCUCCUCGCCGCGGCCGCGGUGCUGCUGGUUGUGCCGGGCGCGCACGGGCGCCCCGCCGAGGAGGACGAGGAGCUGGUGCUGCCAGCGCUGGAGCGCGACCCGGGACUCAGGACCGCGCACCUCCGCCUGGACGCCUUCGGUCGGCAGCUGAGCCUGGAGCUGCAGGAGGACCGCGGCUUCCUGGCACCCGGCUUCACGCUCCAGACUAUGGGACGCAGACCCGAGCCGGACGUGCUGCGUUCUGAUCCGGUGGGCGACCUGGCGCACUGCUUCUACUCUGGCACGGUCAACGGCGACCCCAGUUCCGCCGCGGCGCUCAGCCUCUGCGAGGGCGUGCGCGGCGCCUUCUACCUGCAGGGCGAGGAGUACUUCAUCCAACCCGCGCCCGCCGCCGCCACCUUGAGCCUGGCCCCCGCCGCCGCCGCCGCCGCCGCUGGGGAGCAGCAGCCCGCGCGGCCGCAGUUCCAUCUCCUGCGGCGAAGGCGGCGGGGCGACGGCGGCGCCAAGUGCGGGGUCUUGGAUGACGAGACCCAGCUGGCGGGGGGCGCGGGGCCAGAGGGCGAGGACGCCACUGUGCAGUGGGCGCCGCAGGACCGAGCGCCCCAGCGCCCGGGACACAGAACAGGAAUUGGAAACCUAAGAAAGAAGCGAUUUGUGUCCAGCCCCCGCUAUGUGGAAACGAUGCUUGUGGCUGACCAGUCCAUGGCCGAGUUCCACGGCACUGAGCUAAAGCACUACCUUCUGACCUUGUUCUCCGUGGCGGCCCGGUUAUACAAACACCCCAGCAUUCGGAAUUCAGUGAGCCUGGUGGUGGUAAAGAUCCUGGUCAUCUACGAGGAAAAGAAGGGCCCAGAAGUGACUUCCAACGCUGCCCUCACGCUGCGGAACUUUUGCCGUUGGCAGAGACAGCACAACCCGCCCAGUGACCGGGAUGAGGAGCACUAUGACACCGCGAUUCUAUUCACCAGACAGGACCUGUGUGGUGUCCAGACGUGUGAUACUCUUGGGAUAGCGGAUGUUGGAACUAUAUGUGAUCCCAACAGAAGCUGCUCGGUCAUAGAGGAUGAUGGCUUACAAGCCGCCUUCACUACUGCUCAUGAAUUAGGCCACGUGUUUAACAUGCCCCAUGAUGAUGCCAAGCAAUGCGCCGGCAUUAAUGGUGUCAACCAGGAUUCCCACAUGAUGGCAUCAAUGCUUACCAAACUGGACCACAACGAGCCCUGGUCUCCCUGCAGUGCCUCCACGAUUACAACAUUUCUGGAUAAUGGUCAUGGUGAAUGUUUGAUGGACGAGCCCCAGCGCCUCAUACAGCUCCCCUCCGAUCUCCCCGGGGCCUUGUACAGUGCCAGCCGACAGUGCGAGCUCACAUUUGGACAGGGGUCCAGACACUGCCCGGACGCGGCCAGCACUUGCACGACCCUCUGGUGCACGGGCACCUCUGGCGGAUUGCUGAUGUGCCAGACCAAACACUUCCCCUGGGCCGAUGGCACCAGCUGCGGAGAGGGGAAAUGGUGUGUCAACGGCCAGUGCCUGAACCAGACCAACAAGGAACACUUUGAUACCCCUGUUCACGGAAGCUGGGGGCUAUGGGGGCCAUGGGGCGACUGCUCGAGAACGUGUGGUGGUGGAGUUCAGUAUACGAUGAGGAAGUGUGACAACCCCGUGCCGAAGAACGGAGGAAGAUACUGCGAGGGCAAGCGCGUGCGCUACAGAUCCUGCAACAUCGAGGACUGCCCGAAGAAUAACGGAAAAACCUUUAGGCUGGAACAGUGUGAGGCACACAAUGAAUUCUCCAAAGCUUCCUUUGGCAGCAGGCCCGCAGUGGAAUGGAUACCCAAAUAUGCAGGAGUCUCGCCCAAGGACAGGUGCAAGCUUAUCUGUCAAGCCAAAGGCACUGGCUAUUUCUUCGUUUUGCAGCCCAAGGUGGUGGAUGGCACCCCAUGUAGCCCAGAUUCCACCUCCGUCUGUGUGCAAGGACAGUGCGUAAAAGCUGGCUGUGAUCGCAUCAUAGACUCCAAAAAGAAGUUCGACAAAUGUGGCGUCUGUGGAGGAAAUGGAUCUACAUGCAAGAAAAUAUCAGGAUCAGUUACCAGUGCAAGACCUGGCUACCAUGAUAUCGUUACAAUUCCAACCGGAGCCACAAACGUUGAAGUGAAGCAACGGAAUCAGAGAGGAUCCAGGAAUAACGGGAGCUUCCUGGCCAUCAAAGCUGCCGAUGGCACAUAUAUCCUGAAUGGCAACUUCACUCUGUCCACUUUAGAGCAAGACAUCACACACAAAGGUACUGUCCUGAGGUACAGUGGCUCCUCGGCGGCGCUGGAAAGAAUUCGAAGCUUCAGCCCUCUCAUGGAGCCCUUAACCAUCCAAGUCCUGAUGGUGGGCAGUGCCCUCCGACCCAAAAUUAAAUACACCUAUUUCGUGAAGAAGAAGAAGGAAUCUUUCAACGCCAUUCCUACUUUCUCGGAGUGGGUCAUUGAAGAGUGGGGUGAGUGUUCCAAGUCUUGUGGGCUGGGUGUACAGAGAAGGCUCGUGGAGUGUCGGGACAUCAACGGACAGCCCGCUUCAGAGUGCGCCAAGGAAGUGAAGCCGGCCAGCACCAGACCUUGUGUGAACCUGCCUUGCCCCCGCUGGCAGCUGGGGGACUGGUCGCCGUGUUCCAAGACUUGCGGGAAGGGUUACAAAAAGAGAACCUUGCAGUGUCUGUCCCAUGAUGGGGGGGUGUUGUCUCAUGAGAGCUGUGAUCCUUUAAAGAAACCUAAACACUACAUAGACUUCUGCACAAUGGCAGAGUGCAGUUAAGUACGAGUGGUGUUGAGGGACGGGGGCAGUGGGGAAGGGCUGAUGCACUGAAAUCAAGGAGACUGGAGGAAUCCAGGGCGCCUUGCCCUGGUGAUCAACCAGGGGUGGCAAUGAGUUGGGAGGUAGAGGUAGGUAGAAAAGAAGUUAGAUCAUCAGAAUUUCCUGCCAGUUACAAAUCUGAUAGGGUAGUUUAUGAGGACUAUUCAUAUCUGACCAAUGAGGUAGCACAAGAAAGCCCCAGGGCAUUAGCAUUUCUUUUGUGAGGUUCCUGACAAGUUCUUAUGAAAACAGAAGUAAUGGUCAAAAGUAAGUUUAAGAAAUGUGAACAAUCCCUGCUUCCUGAUACUGAUGAAAUGCGGAGGAAGGUGAGAUUUUUGCUUUAAGACGUGGCUUACUUUACCUCACUAUCAAUGGAGGGAGAGAGGAAUGCACAUAGGAUCUUUGACCAUCACUGUACCCGCUGCUAUGGUUUCAGAGAAUGUUUAUGCCGUCUUGGAGUUAAGAAUUCAGGACUGCCCAGCACGAGAAAUGCUUCGCAGUGUCCAUGACUCACAUGACUCCCAUCUUUCCUCUCUUGUGUCGUUAAUUGUGUCUUUCUUUGUGAAUUCCUUUUGACGAAGAAACAAUUGCAUAUAUUAAACACACCACAAAUUCUACAAGGGGAAAAAAAAAAAAAACUGCAGUGAUGUAUCAGAUGCUGGUAAAAGCUAGAGGAGGCCUGAUGACCUGGGGACCUCCUAUAUUUCUUUCCUCCUAAUGUAAGCUGACUUAAGGAAUGUGGAUGUGGGGGAAAAAAAAAGUUUAUGUCUGAAGAGAGUCGGUAAGAUCACCAAAAAAAAAAAAAAAAAGAAUGUAAUGCCAGAAGGAGAAUGGGGUGUGUACAACAGGGUCCCCAGUGCUGGGGACCUUGAGAUCACAUGUCUCGUGGUGGGGAGGCUACUGAGGGGUAGCGGCUGGUCCACCCCCAGCAGCUGGUCCAACAGUCAUAUCCUGGUGAAUGUCUGUUCAGCUCUUCUACUAUGAAAGAAAAUAACUUUUUUUUUCCAUAUGUAUAUAGUAAAAUACAUUACUAUAAAUUCUAUGUACUUUAUAAGUACUGGUUUGUGUGUUCCUUCUAAGAAGGACUAUAGUUUGUAAUAAAUGCCUAUAAUGACAUAUUUAUUUUUAUACAUUUCUUUCUAAUGAUAAAACUUUUAAGUUAUAUCGCGUUUGUAAAAGGUCAUAUAAAAAUAGAGUAUUUAUACGAUAUAUGUUACUAGAAAUAAUAAAAGGACACUUUUUGAACGUGUGUCUUGUUUUAAUGAGAAUUAACUCCUGUGAAGGAAAUCUGAGACAUAGGUAGUGAAUUUGAAGACAGAAUAUUUUCUUAAGUAUCUUGGAAGUAAGAUUUGUCCUAAUGAAAUGUAUUUUUUGUAUCUUUGGUGUAAUGUGAUUGCUACAGAGAAAGAUAUCUAUUAUAUCUUUGGUGAUAGGUUUGUUACUAGAGUAAUAAUAUACACCAGUGUUGGCCAACUUUUUCUGUUGCGAGCCAUGUGGUAAAUAGAUGUUGUAGGUCAUACCAUCUCUGUCACAACUACUCAGCCGUGCUAUUGUAACAUGGAAGUGGCAGUGCGUAAGUGAAUGGGAAUGGUGGUGUAUUAAUAAAGCUUUAUUUCUGAAA